GAGAAUUAGAACUAACCAGCAAGGGGGGAAACACAUGCAAUGAAACUCGGUAGCUGCAAUAGUGCAUUUGCAUUGAGGGGAUUUUCAAACUCUGUCUGUAUUUGGGAAUUAGGAUUGUAAUGUUUGAAGGAUAGGGAAGCUGAGCCAUUUGCGAAAAAAUGAGUACUGCACAAGUUACUGCAUGCUUGCCUGGGAUUUAUGUGAAAAAUGCAUCUCGGUUGCACCAGCUUCAUCCUAAACCAUGUGUUUUACGGAUGAGUCUUGAUCCUUGCUCUAGCAUAUCGCUGAGCCUGAGACCAGAGACUUCAUUCGGCUUGAAAUGUUGGUCAAACUCAAAAUCUCGGCAACCUCUUCAUAUUUGCUUUGCCGGUGGAGAAGGAAUGAUGCAAAAUACUGAUGAGAGUUCCCCUUGGAAAUCUCUUGAGAAAGCUAUGGAAAGAUUUAAGGGACAGUCAGAGUCGAUUGAGGAUGUGUUGCGACAACAACUUAACAAAGGAGAAUACUACGAUGGUGGGGACGGUGGAGCAAAGCCACCAGGAGGAGGAGGAGGAGGAGGUGGUGGCAGUCCGGGUGACCCUGAUGGACCAGAAGAUGGAAGCUCCGAGGAGGGAACGUUGGGUGAUAGUAUCGAGUUUAUUUUGGCAACAUUUGGCUUUAUAUUUAUGUACAUUUAUAUCCUCGCUGGCGCAGAACUCACGAAGCUAGCUAGAGACUAUAUAAAGUAUUUAUUCGGCAGAAAGCCUAGUGUUCGACUGAGGAACGCCAUGGAAGACUGGGGGGAACUCUACCAGGGCCUGACGCAAAAGGUAGACGUUGACGAGUAUUGGUUGGAAAAGACUAUUCUGGAUACCCCAACGAUGUGGCACGACCCUGAUGAUUACCGAGAAGCACUUGACAAUUACUUGAGGGAACAUCCAGAGGUUAAUGUUUAUGAUUCAGAUGAUUCAGAUGAUGAUGAUGAUAAUGAAGCUGGUGAUGAUAAAGAAGAAUCAGAUUAGAUUAUUUAUCAUCACAUAUCAUGAAAGGAUUUUCUGGAAAUUGUACCAUUAUGUCUUUUUAGUGUGAUGCCAUUGUUUUUUGGCACAAAGCAUAAUGGAGUCAGGACACAGGUUAUGAAAUAGUGUAGUUUAUUCAUUUGCACAGCUCUUGUAAACAACUUAAAAGGUCUGUAUGGUUGUUUUUAUUUUCACUAUUUAUUUUUUUAAGAUAAGGGAAAAAGUUGGAGUAG